AUGCUGUGCUCACCGGUGCAGUACGAAAUAGAGAACAUCACUGCUUAUAUGCUAGAUAUGAAAAGCUCACAAUGUCGCUCGGCACCCACUCCGUCAACAUUCAAACCGGAAUUUUUGUUCACCUCCAAAGUGCAACGUGUUCCGCUGCCUGAAUGGGGAGUCGGUCAGAUUUGGACCAGUAGUAUCUCAGAUGACAACGAAACCAUCUGUGGUACGGAAUUCUGUGAUUGGGAUAAUUCGAACAAAGGCCUUCAUUAUCACUGCACCGGCUUCGGUUUUGUCCUCGUCUACUUGAUACCAUUGAUUUUGGUUACUGGAAUGCAUUUUGAUAUCGCCAAAAGAAUAGCUCCUCCAGAUUUGCUCAAGUGUAAACAUUGUAUAGAUGAACAAACAAAGGCUUCCAGAAAUGUAUUCAACAUGCUAGUGUCCAUAACUGUUUGCUUUUUCGUGUUCUGGCUACCAUUUCACAUGCAACGGUUACUUUCACUUAUACUGAAAUAUCAUGGAGGAGAGGAGAAUCCAAGCAUAAAAACCGCACACUACAUCUUCCACAGUAUAUCAGGUUGCUGCUUCUAUUUGAAUUGUGCAGCUAAUCCCUUUCUGUUCAACAUGUUCUCAGAUAGCUUUCGCAAAGCCUCUGUAUCUACGGGUAAAAGAUUAGUGAAGAAAAUUCAAUCAAUUUGGUGAAUCAGUGCAUGUUUCUCUAUUGUUACAGAUGCCUUUAUCAUGUUAUCAUCGUGUUCUUGUAAAUUUGUAAUCUGCCGUUCGUGUCUUAC